AGCUUUGACUUUGUAGCCAGCGUCAAUCAACAAGAAAGUAUAAGUUGGAAAAAAAAUUAUUUCACAUGAAACAAUGAAAAUAUGUGUAUCUUUAGUGCUGUUGACGUUGCUUUGCCCAGGCGGUUGCCCGGUUUACGACUUCGACUUGAGAACUAUCGAGCAACCCAGUCAGUUUGCGAAUGGUCUAAAGCUGGCUGCCGAUCUUAACUCCGAAUUCAAUCAGGGCAUCAUGAAUUUUCACGUGCUUAACGAUCAGCAUCCGUUAAAUGACGACAGUACCUGCACACUAACUUCACUUGCGUCCGACCUUGGCGCAAAUCCGACAAGAAAGUUCAAAGCUUCGCGUAAAAUCGAAGAUGAGAAACAAGCAGAAACGGAGUUGGAUGAUUUUGUUGGUUCGAAUCUUUUUUCCAGUGUACGUAAAAAAUGUUUUUCACCGGAAGAUUUGAAUUUGUUGUCCGCACGCAGGGAUUUCGAGUAUCUUGUGCCAAAAGAUCUGCCGAAGUGCCUGCUCAAUGAUGAAAUGAUAAACAUGUUAUUGAAUUACUUUUAUAAUGGCAAUGAGCUGAUACAAAAACUGCCCGAAUCUACGAGAAGGGUGCUUGAUAGGGCCUACUACGAUAUGCUCGGCGGUUACUUGCGUUCAUACUUGCUGCCAGUAGCGAAGUACUCUUAUUACGGUGGCAAAGCAAGUCUAAAGGUGGUCAGCAGUGUUGUGGAUUUGUAUCAACAAUGCAAGUCCUUUCUGAACACGAACGGUAAUGGCUGGAAAAUGCCCAUUUUACUUGAGGAAUUGGAGAACAUUCAUGUGGAUCCUCUACGGGGCUCGGACUGCGGUGGCGACGGCAAUGGAGGUGGUAGUGGUUCAACUGGUUGCGCACGUCUUGAAAUGUUGCCAAGCAAUGACGGCGACGAAAAUGUUAUGCUGGUGGCGUUGCCAAAAUUAGAAGCAGAUUGUAUUGAAAACGGUUUAAGUAAUAUAUGGCUGCCAUUUAGAAAACGACGCAACUAUGACCUCAGAUCAAUGAAAUCUUCUUACGUAAUCAUACGAUUUUACGAAACGGUCACACGUUGCUACCAAUCACAGUCAAUGCCACAGGAUACUUUCAAUUCCAAGCUCAUAGCUUGGAUCAAUGAGAAUAUAAAACCACAUUUGUCCGACGAAGAAUUCUACCCUGGUCUUGGCGGAGUACUUAGGAUUGCUGAAAAAUUAAGAAGAGGCAGAAAAGCGACGGAUAUUGAAAGUGACGGCCAAAUGGAAGAACUUGUACGUGAGGAAAGUAGAAACGACGAUGGGUUUUCCGACAUAGAACUUGCACGAAAGGCAUUAGAAUAUAAGAUGCACGAAAAAGCCAGGCAAACGUUGAUUAAUGGAAAACGUUGGUUUGAGAGAAAUACCAACGACAAUGGCAAUAAUCCCAAUAGACAGCUGCAAAGUAGAAAAAUAUGCGAAAAACCAAAAACUCAAAAAAACCAGCAAGUCCAGCAAGCGAAACCAAAAAAAUCAAAGUGUAAAACGAAGGGUGGAAAACAUGAACAUGGUGAAGCUGGGUCGCUAAUGAAAUUAUCUUCAGAACAACAGAAACAUUAUCUGAAAUACCUGUGUUGUAUUAUUGGACUGAUAUUGCUCGUAUUGUUGAUCAUUUUGCUUAUCGCUAUGCUAAUGAGAUAUCGUAAGCGAAAAACGAAGAAAGAGCCCAAACCAAAACCACCAAAGAAAAAGCGCAAAUGUCCUGCAUGGUGUAAUUAUUUGAUUUGCAGAAAGAAACCACACGAUGAGGAGAUUGUUAUCAAACCUGAUACCAAAUCGGUCAUUGCGACACAACCACACCGUCGCACGUCCACUUCAACGUCGUCACUGGCCUGCCAACCCGCUGCUAAAUGCAUUCCUUGCUCUAAGCGUGCCACUAAGGAAUCGGAAAGUGCGCCCAUUAUCGAAACGACAUCACUCGAUUACUACUCCUCGUCCGAGCCCGAAAGUAAAGUACGCCAGAAAGCGAAAAAAGGCAAACAGAAAGUGGUCACGAUAGAUGAGAAAAAGAAGAAAAAAGCAGCAUCACCGUCCCCAACGAAAUCUAAGUCAGCUCCUGCCAAAUCCAAAUCGCCUCCGAAAAGCAGAAUGGGCGGUGGAGCAGAGCAUAAAACUUCGUCCGGUUCGGAUAGCACCAGACGUUUGGGUAUUCAACGAACUGUCCCAACUGAUAAUAAGAAGAGUAGUAAUGAAAUAGUGCGUUGCAAACGUACGGUUUCGAGGGAUCGCUCGAAAGGCUCGCGUAGUUGGGAAACCAUGUACGAUACAUAAAAUUCAAGAUAACUUUACACCAAAUGGGCUUUUAUUUUUCUAAAUAUCUAUUGCAUGAGUUUCGCAAAUUUAAGUAACUCUAUCUAUUUUUGCAUUUAUUUAUUAAAUUAGUUUUUACGAAAUAAAAUGUGGUUAUCGCGAGUAGCCAA